GUAUUAGCCCAUCGGAGGAACCCUAAGUCUUCUCAUCUCACUUCAGACCGCCCCACCGUUCGUUCACUACCGUUCUCAUCUCACUCCACCGGCGCCCGGCGGCCCCCCACCUCCCACCUCUAAUCUCUUCUCUUCCCUUGUUAGAAGAAGAACUCUAGUUGAACUGAGUCACGGACAGAGCAUGAAGGGUGGAAGAAAGAACUUGCAGAGGGCAUCAAAUCAACAUAUCGUAGGCCUCGAAGAUGGUCAUAGCAUUAUGCAGGUUGUCUCAAUUCGUGGUUCCAAUCUAAUCGAGGUAAUGGAUGCACAAGGUGAGAAAUCACUGGCAUUAUUUCCUGCCAAGUUUCAAAAGAGCAUGUGGAUAAAACGAGGGAGUUUCGUUGUAGUUGAUGAAAGUGGAAAGAAGAAUGCUCUUGAAUCUGGAAGCAAGGUGGCAUGCAUUGUUUCUCGAGUUCUAUACUUUGAACAAGUUCGCGAGCUUCAAAAAUCUCCAGAAUGGCCAGAAAUCUUCAAGAAUGCAAUCACUGGAGAUCAAAACGAAAAUCUGCAAGCAGAGAAUAAUCGACAGGAAGAGGACGAAAUCGACUCGAGCGAUGAUGAUGGCCUUCCCCCUCUAGAAGCCAACACGAACAGAGCUAAACCAUUAAUAUUACAACCGGAAGAAGAAACAGAGUCUGAUUCAGAUUCUUAACUUGCAUAUUAAUUUGAAGUCCAUAAUUUUGAUUUAGUACUAUGAAUAUUCAUUUUGAUCGUUUGUCCUUCAAUUUUAAUUUUGUAAUUAACAGAAAUUUGAACUAACUGCAUUUUUUUCAUCUGUUAUAAUAUGUAAUCUAUGCAGUUUAGAA